UGGGAACAGAGGUCUGAAUACUGUAACGGAACAAUAUCCAUGCGCCCUUCACUCCCCACCACGUGGCUUCUCCCAUGUCCAUUGCCAUCAUCAAUCCAACUCAGAUCCUCCACUCCCACCUCCACCCCCACCCCCACCCCCACCCCCCGUCCUUCUUUAUCCCUUCUCUCUCUCGAGAGUUCUCUAGGGUACUUCAAGUUUUGCUCAUGCAAAUCAGAAAAACCAAGAAUAGCUAGCUAGAAGAAGUUGAUUUCUGCAAUGGGUCAAGUGAACGAAGGCGGGUUUGGUGGAUUUCAGCUUUUCAUGGGAGAGGGAGAGGACCCAAGAAACGAGUUCUCCAAUGCCGACGAAGUAGACCUCAAUCUCAGGCUCUCUUUGACGGGAACUUCCAACGAAAAACCCACGUUCCGGUCCUCUUCUCCGUUGCCCGGAAAACUGGCUGUGAGCGGGUUUGAUGUCCAAGGCAACCCUCGGCUGCUGCCCCUGCUGCCGCCCGCGGCGCCGCCGCCGCAGCGUUCGUUUGUGUCGAUGCUCCAGUCUUACUCUCUGCCUCCCCCGGCAGAGCGGGGGCAGAGGAGGUUUGCGGAGUUGCCGCCGCUGCGGAGAGUAGAGCCAAAGAUGGGAAUGCUGCAGGGGCCGAUGGUGCAUUUGGUGGCUCCACCGCCGGAAUUGCCGACUUGGCCCGCAGCUACUGCCGCUAGAAAUGUCGCACUCUCUCGCGCCCUUCAAAACAUCAGCACCCACGGAGAUGCAUCCAGGAUCCCAUCAAUUGAAGGACAGGGGAGUUCUGCUGUGACAACUGCUUUCUUUUCUCAGUCAUUUCCGGAAUGGGGUCACCCAGAAUACUAUGUUAUGCCGGUUGCAGCAGCAAAUGGGAGAUUCAUUAAGCCUCCUGAAAUUGAGCAAGGGAAUCCAUUCAAGAAAGCUAAGAUUUCAGGCUACAACAUGCAAGAAAGUGGGUUGGAAGUGAUGAAGCAGAUGCCUAGUGUGACAACAAUAGGGCAAGGUCCGAAUGGAAGAAGAAUAGAAGGGUUUCUAUACAGAUACUUGAAAGGUCAGAUAAGUAUAGUGUGUGUUUGCCAUGGCCAAUUUUUCUCUCCAGAAGAAUUUGUCAAGCAUGCUGGCGGCGAUGACGUGCCAAACCCCAUGAGGCAUAUUAGUGUCUCCCCCACCUACAAUUCUAAUUCACUGUGAUGCUGAGUUUUUCAGCCACUGUGAAGGUGUUAGUUGGGGAAGGACAUGGAAAGUCCAAAUUCAAUGUCGUCUUUUUUUCUUUUUUCAGCCAGUUUGCAUGCAACUGUGUGCAGAUUUUCUUUAAAUUUCUCUCUUGCAAUGACUCUCGUAGAAUGAACUAUUUUUAUUUGCAAGAAAUAUUAGAUGAUGUUAUUGUGAUGGAGAAA